UUUGCUUUUGACUCGGUUCUGCCAUCUCCGCCUACCCGGCUGCCAUUAUUAAUGUUCUUGUUUUCGGGCUUCUUUCCUUUCUGUGCUGAUGCUUGACCGCUCAAGGGAUUAAAAAUUGCAGAUGGGUACAAAAUACUCGAAAUGAAUAUAAAACAAAACUCUGAAAAGACUCAAAAACCAAGAAAAAGUUUAAAUUUUUAAUUAAUUAGUAUGUUUUAAUUUCAUUUUGAAAAGAAAAAAGGGAAGAAGAUGAUUAAAAUGCUGAUGGUCAGUCGUGCUCAUGAGAAACCAGGGAAAUCCCAAGAAGAAAACCUCACAACAAUCUCACGCCUUCCCUUUUACUGUUUGGGAGCCAUUGUUAGGCAUCUAAACCCAUCACCUACCACUGAUAACUCCACCUCCUCUUAUCAUCAGAAUUGCAUGUUCCUGUAACUCUCUCUCUCUCUCUCUCUCUCUCCUGGUGUAAUUUUUGGGUUUGUGGGUUUUUAAGAAGGGACUGGGGCUGGUGCCAGAAAGCUCCAUCCCAGCUUAGAUUCAGACUCACAUUUGCCCCACAGACAAAACCCAGAAGCCAAAUCCAAUCAAUUUGUCUAUAUAAUUGGGUUUUUCGGACCACGGAGCUAUUUUAUGUGUUCAUCUUAAAAUGGGUUUCUGGGAUUUUUCUUCUGUCGGAGAUCUGGAGUUGGUAUAUGGUUCUUCCUUGUUUGGAGAGAUGGUAUAGCAACUGGGUUUCGGAGAUCUGGGCUCUGAAGGUUUGCUCUUGGGGGUUCCGUCGCACUUAGGUAUCUGAAUUCUCAAAGCCUGAAUUCUGAGAAGAUGGCAACUGAUCUUAAUGAGGAACUAUCCAAGAAAACUUCUGUGUUUGGCCUCAAGGUCUGGGAAAUAAUUGGGAUCAUUGUGGGUUUAUUUAUCAUAACCAUCCUCUGUGUAUUAACAAUGUGCCUUACUUCCCGCAAGAAAUCGAGGAGGGCUAGAGACAAACUUCCAUUUACUCAAAUCCCAACUGUUUCUAAGGAGAUCAAAGAAGUUCGGGUGGAGCAAGUGCCAACGAAUGAGUUUGUUCCUCGCGAUGGAAUUCUUCUCACCAUUCAUGAGAAAUCGAGCGAAAAAGAAUCUGAUAAGGUUCUGGUUCAUCUGGGCAUGGGGAAAUUGAAGAAUGGAGAUAGUAGUCAGUCGGGUUCAUUUCAUCAUUUGGAGAAAGAUGGCUUUGGAUCCCAAUCAGGAGAAGAAGGAAGCUCUGGCACAGUUACUGUUUUUAAGCCAUCUUCUUCAUAUCCUAUAACAGCUCCAUCUCCUCUAGUUGGCCUACCGGAAUUCUCCCAGUUGGGUUGGGGUCACUGGUUUACACUAAGGGAUCUUGAACUUGCUACUGACCGAUUUUCAAAGGAAAAUGUUCUUGGUGAGGGUGGAUAUGGAGUUGUCUACCAGGGGCAGCUGAUCAAUGGUAACCCCGUGGCAGUAAAGAAGCUCCUCAACAAUUUGGGCCAAGCAGAGAAGGAAUUUAGAGUGGAAGUUGAAGCCAUUGGUCACGUGCGUCAUAAAAAUUUGGUUCGUCUUUUAGGAUACUGCAUUGAAGGGACUCACAGGAUGUUGGUGUAUGAAUAUGUUAAUAAUGGAAAUUUAGAGCAAUGGCUUCAUGGGGCUAUGCGCCAACAUGGAUAUCUUACGUGGGAGGCUCGCAUGAAGGUUCUCCUUGGCACUGCUAAGGCUCUUGCCUACUUGCAUGAGGCGAUUGAGCCAAAGGUGGUGCAUCGUGACAUUAAAUCAAGCAAUAUAUUGAUUGAUGACGAGUUCAAUGCUAAGGUUUCAGAUUUUGGCCUGGCCAAGUUGUUAGGUGCAGGGAAAAGUCAUAUCACAACUCGAGUCAUGGGAACUUUUGGAUAUGUGGCUCCUGAAUAUGCAAAUACUGGUCUUCUGAAUGAAAAGAGUGAUGUGUAUAGCUUUGGUGUUGUGCUCUUGGAAGCAAUUACAGGAAGGGAUCCUGUGGAUUAUGGUCGACCAACACAUGAGGUAAAUCUUGUUGAUUGGUUGAAAAUGAUGGUUGGAAACAGGAGAUCAGAAGAAGUAGUAGACCCUAAUAUUGAGAGAAGGCCAUCAACAAGAGCACUAAAACGAGCCCUUUUGACUGCUUUAAGAUGUGUUGAUCCAGAUUCUGACAAGAGACCUAAAAUGAGUCAAGUUGUUAGGAUGCUAGAAUCUGAGGAAUACCCCAUACCGAGAGAGGAUCGCAGGCACCGAAGAACUCAGGGAGGUAGCAUGGAGAUUGAAUCCCAAAGAGAUAAUUCUGACACUGAUAGGAGUGAGAACCCGAUUGCUGUUCGAGGUCAGAGAUCGGAAGGAUCUACCAGUCAUUACCAACCUACUGAUUCGAGUAGAGGAUUUGAGAGAUUUAAGAGUUGAAGCGCCAUUCUUGCUUUAUUUUUGAUCUUCUGAAUUCUUGAGUUUGCAUGCAGUUAAGCAGAGGUCUAGAGCAGAGGUGUUCGGUGGGGAAGAAACAGAUUUGUUUCCUUUUACUCCCUUCAUUUCUUUUCUGUUUCUGUUUCUUUUUCUUGUUUAUUAUUUGUAGAUGGGGAGAUGAUUGCUUGUGUAUGAAAGUGGGUGUUGUGAAGAAACCAAAAACAUUGGGGGCUGUGUGUACAGAUCAUUGUAGCUGUGCAAAAAUUGUUUGAUGAAAUGUUAUUUUUCCUAAUAGGGUGUGUUUGAUUCA